GGGGCGUGGCUUCGGAGCACUUCCGGAAUCCUCUUCCGGAACAGGCCUGUGCCCCGGAAGCAGUUAUUUGUUGAGGGAAUUUGGACCUGUUUUGGAGGCUGCUGUCGCCAUGUUCCUGUCCGCGGUCACUUUUGCCAAGACCAAGUCAAAAACAAUUCUGGUGAAAAUGUUGAGCCAAGCUGGAACAGGUUUUUCCUUCAACACUAAGAGAAGCCGACUGCGGGAGAAACUGACUCUCUUGCAUUAUGAUCCAGUAGUGAAAAAAAAAGUCCUCUUUGUGGAACAGAAAAAAAUACGCUCCCUCUAAACAAUGGAUUGAAAAUGAAUUUGAUUUAUAAAUGAGAAGACUGAGGGCGGGAUACUGAUUCAGAAAUUCUGCAGCGUGUAAUGAAAGAAGAGGAAAUGGCAUGGAAUCGCUGCCUCCUGUGAUUUGAAGGCCAUUGUGAAGGAAAACAAUGCAGUGAAAGAAAGUUCUUCAUAUUAGGACAUAUAUCAUUGCAUCACAUUUAUUUAUCUUUCUGGAUAUUUUUAUAGCCCUUAAUAAAAAUAUUAAAAUAGCCUGUA